UCUAAGGAGAAUAUUCAGAACUCGAUAGAACCCCAACUUAAAACAUUGACGAGAAGAUGGCAGACGUCUCCGAAUCUGUAGUUGCCGUUCCGGCUCAGGAUGCUCCUGCGAAGGUCUCUGUGAAGAAGGCGCCGAAGGCUAAGAGCUCCAAGGCCAAGCCGAGUCAUCCAAGCACCGCGGAGAUGGUGAACGUUGCCAUCGAGGAGUUGGCGGAGCGCAAUGGAUCAUCACUCCAGGCGAUCAAGAAGUACUUGGCCGCUAACUACAAACUUGACACUGAUAAGCACGCUCCAUUCAUCAAGAGAUACUUGAAAUCAGCGGUGAGUUCUGAAACUCUGGUGCAGACCAAGGGAAAGGGCGCCUCAGGAUCUUUCAAGCUCGCUGUCAAGAAGCCCGAGGCAUCAAAGUCUAGGCCCAGACCUAAGGAGGCAUCACCCAAGAAGGUUGUGAAGAAGUCUGCGGCGAAGAAGGGAGCGGCUCCCAAGGCCAGGGCAGCUUCUCCGAAGAAAGUUGUAGCGAAGAAGCCCGUUGGCGAGAAGAAGGCGGCGAAACCUAAGGCUGAGAAGACUAAACCCAAGAGCCCGUCUAAGGUUAAGAAGGUCACUAAGGGACCAACUGCCAAGCCUAAGGUCCCAAAGCCCAAGAAGGCCACUGCUCCCAAGGCUAAGACUGCUGCCAAGAAAUCUGCUGCUCAGAAAAAGUGAAUCCCUUGUUCAGUUUAAUGGACGUUCAUCACUACGACAAAACA